GAACGCUCAACUUGGCCGCAACGUCUUCACAACUUGGACAUCCCCACCGUCUUGCCCACAUCCAUUUUGUUCUCUGCUUUCCCCAACUCGUGCUGUACAAUAGCAGGGGCAGUCGCAAUGUCGCAGACGGAAACGCAGCAGAUCCAGCAUACCGAUUCAAUUGACAGCCAGGACCCUAACCAAAAGGGCAGCAAGAGGAAGGACAAGACGAAAAGACCAGCAAAUUCCGCCUUUCGUCAGCAGCGCUUAAAGGCAUGGCAACCAAUACUUACACCUAAGACGGUACUUCCGCUCUUCUUCGCUGUCGGGAUUAUAUUUGCUCCCAUAGGCGGGCUACUCCUGUGGGCAAGCUCAGAGGUGCAAGAGAUCGCAAUCGAUUAUUCCAACUGUAUAGAGAUAGCGCCAAGGAUAGCCAACGAAAACGUCACCGACGGUCUCGAAGACAUACCAAGUGAGAGGAUUUCGAAGACGUUUAAGAACGGCAAUUCGGCCGCUCAACCUGCUCAGUGGGCCCAUUAUACAUUUGACGCAAAAUAUCCUGACAACAAUGUCUACAGAGGCGUUACCAUACAGAACACAAACGUGUGCCGUAUCCAGUUCGACAUUGAGAGUGACCUCUCUCCUCCGGUAUUCCUCUACUAUCGCAUGACCAAUUUCUACCAGAAUCAUCGUCGAUAUGUCAAGUCUUACGAUCCGGGACAGCUUGCUGGCGCUGCCAAGAGUGCAAGCUCUAUUAGUGGCACCGACUGCGCGCCUCUCGAUGUUCAAGACGGCAAACCAAUUUACCCAUGCGGGUUGAUUGCUAACUCCAUUUUCAAUGACACGUUCACAACACCAAUACUCUUGAACCCUCAGGACGGUGGUAACCAGAAAAGAUACAACAUGACGAAUCAAGGCAUUGCCUGGAGCUCGGACGAGGCUUUGUACAAGAAGACGCAGUACACCAGCGAUGAGGCAAUUCCUCCUCCCAAUUGGAGGAAGAUCUGGCCAACGUACAAUUCCAGCAUCCAACCGCCUGACAUCAGUCAGUGGGAAGAGCUUUUCGUUUGGAUGCGCACAGCAGGCCUGCCAACAUUUAGCAAGUUGGCGCUUCGCCAGGAUAAUGAAACUAUGACGGCGGGACGUUAUCAAAUAGAUAUUUGGGAUGAAUUCAACACUACGCUCUACGGUGGCACCAAGUCUGUUCUUAUCUCAACCAGGACUGUGAUGGGCGGCAAGAACCCGUUUCUUGGAAUCGCUUAUCUCGUUGUUGGUGGGCUUUGCAUUGUCCUUGGUGCUCUCUUCACAGUAACUUACAUAGUGAAGCCAAGGAAACUUGGCGACCACACUUAUCUUACCUGGAACAACGAACAGCCAACAACUGCUACUGCCACCGGCCGCAGCAGCCGACCCGGUGAAAACACAAAUUCGUCAUGACGUGUUGUCGAACGCCAUUGUAUUUAGGUUAUAGUUGUAGCCACUAGUCUCCCAAUAUCGGCUAGGGUUAGGGUUAGAGAUAUUGCGCUUAUUCACUUGAGUUCAUAGGUCAGCUAUUUUGGCGUUGCGGGAAUGCAAGAAGAGUAUCAAGGCAGUCGUGGGGAUCCUCAGGCUAGCCCAUAGAGCAAGUUGCGGUUGCUCCUUAGGCGUGAUUCGAAUAUCAGUCGCGAUGCGCUUUGAAGGUAGUGUAUGUGCUGUUCAUGUAAUGAAGUUGUGAUGUUAUUCACAUUCUUGGCAGCGUUACUAUGCAAAGAAGAUUUGAUGUUCUUUGUUCACAGCUGCUUGAUUUCAACACAGCUCAAUGUCAUCAAUUUGAUACAUUUCUAAAGUAGGAUUUGUCGAAUGAGCGGUCAUACUUACGUCAAUGAUUGGAAAUGCGGAGUUGGUUCUCGUACUAGCGGAUUGUGUGUACGCGAUGACUCAGGACCUUCUCGAUAUUUCAGCUCAGCGGUAUCACAUCAUGUUGUGAACGCAUGCUGUCAAAAUUUUUUCUGUAGCUGCAGAUGAUAUUUUUGUCUAUGAUGAGAAAUCGUGAAUCAUCACCCAACCAUUACCCUUUUAAGACGCUGGAAUAUUGUGGAAGACCGUUGGAUGCCCAUUUGUUCGGUUUCUAGUGACAAAUACCUGUCAAAUUAAUGAAUAUCAC